AUGGGUGGUGUGGCGGUGGGUGGCAUGCAACCCGUGCAAGGUUAUGCAGUGGUGCAGAGCCAGCCUGGCAUGCUGAACGCUGUGCCGCCUUUGCCGCCGGGCUGGGAACAGGCAGUUGACCCGGCGAGCGGGAAGGUCUACUAUGCCAACCGCGCCACGGCUGAGACCAGCUGGACUCCACCCCCCAUGCCAGCAGCCAUGGGUGGUGGCAUGGCGCCGAUGGGCACAGCACCCAUGGCCACCGCACCUAUGGGUGCAGCACCCAUGGCACCCAUGGGUGGAUCUAUGGGUGCAUCCGUGCCCAUGGGAGCUCCUAUGAAUCAAGGUAUGCCCAUGGCCAAUAACCCCAUGGCUGGAGCCCCUAUGGCUGGCAAUGCCCCCAUGGUUGGUGCCAUGCCAACUGCAGUCGCUUCCGUGCCACUGGUGCCUUGCGAUGCUGCGCCAGCUGCGGCACCGACCGCAACCCCGGCGGCUGAUGCCACGGCCCCUGCGCCGGUUGAUGCAACGGCUCCGCCGGCUGAUGCCACGGCCCCUGCGCCGGCUGAUGCCACGGCCCCUGCGCCGGCUGAUGCCACGGCCCCUGCGCCGGCCAACGGCACAGCGCCCGUCGCGGCGACCGCUGCCCCAGCUGCAGAGGCUGCCACACCUGCGAAUGGCGCGGCACCUGAGGGCGCGGCGCCUGAGGGCGCCAGCGCGGCGCCGGCCGCGCAACCAGCAGUGCAAGCUGCAGAGGCUGCCACAGAACCUGCAGCGCAGCCGGCCGCGGGCACGGCUGCACCUGCACUUCCAGCCGGGUGGGAGCAGGGAGUGGAUCCCAACACUGGCAAGACCUAUUACUACAAUCGAAGUAGCGGUCAAUCCAGCUGGGCGAUCCCUACCUCCUGAAGCAACUGCCAGUGCUGGAUCUGGCGAUGCCGUUUCUCC